GUGGAGCCGUGCGAGAGAGUGGUCGGCUGGUUCACCUUGCUGACUGGUUGGCUGAGUGAAUACCUGACUGGCUAAUCAGCUAGCUAGCUAAUAUUUGCUGCAGGGGAGGCUAAUGAGUUAUGCCACUACUGGAGAGAACAGAACUACAACAUGGCUCAAAACAUCUCCAUAUUGCUCCUGCCCUUAAUCAUCACAUCGCUGAUGUUGGCCAGCGCCAAGACAAUGUCAACCAAACAAAUAUCACAGAAGCAGCCACAUAUCAUACUCAUAGUAGCUGAUGAUUUGGGUUGGAAUGACGUAUCCUGGAAUAAUCCCUACGUGGUCUCGCCCAACAUGAAUGACCUGGCUGUCAACGGGGUCAUCCUUAACCAAUCCUACGUCCAGCCAACUUGCACUCCUACGAGGGCGGCCCUCAUGACAGGGAGAUAUCCUUUCACUAUAGGACUCCAGCAAGGCGUCAUAGGACCCAUGGAACCGAUGGGCGUGCCCCUCAGAGCCCAAAUGCUGCCAAGUUUCCUGAAGAAGGCUGGGUACACGACGCAUGCCAUUGGAAAAUGGCACCUGGGGUUCUGUUCGUGGGACUACACUCCCCUGAAGAGAGGAUUCGACACCUUCUACGGAUACUACACAGGCUCCGAAGAUUACUUCACCCACAAAAGGUCAGCUUCUAGCGAAGGGAAGAAGAAGAAGAAAAAGAAGAAACGAGGAAAGGACGACUUUGAAGAUGACGAUGAUGAUGAAGAGGAGACAGGGAGAAGAUUGAGGGCCAGGGAAAGGGAAUACUUGGACCUCAGAAAUAAUACCAGAGUUGAUAACAAUAAAGCCGGCGUUUAUUCAACACACAUCUUCUCCUCAGCUGCAGAAGAAAUCAUCAGGUCUCGAAAGCCAAAGGACCCGAUGUUCAUGUACAUAGCCUUCCAGAGCGUCCAUUCUCCUCUCCAGGUCCCUCGAGAGUAUAUGGUACCCUACAAGCACAUCAAGUACUACGAACGAAGACUUUACUUAGGAAUGGUGACAGCUAUGGACGAGGCCAUUGGUAAGGUCAUCACUGCUCUGAAAGAAACAGGCCAUUACGAAAACUCAGUCAUUAUUUUCACAACUGACAAUGGAGGAUCUGUCAAGAAGGGAGGAAGCAACUGGCCACUGAGGGGAGGAAAAGCCUCACUCUGGGAGGGAGGAACCAGGGGUCCAUCUUUCAUCCAUUCUCCUCUGCUGCCAAAUCCUGGGACAGUGACAGAACACUUGCACCACGUCACCGACUGGUUCAGCACCAUUUCAAGCAUCGCAGGGGUACUCACCUUGCCAAAGGUCGAUGGUGUCAAUCAGUGGGACGCCCUGACUGGCAGUUCUCAGGUCCCACAGAGAGAAACCAUGAUCUACAACAUGGACGAUUCCAAAAAGUACAAAGCUGGUGUGAGGAUGAGCAACUACAAGCUGCUGGUCGGGGGCAUGGCUCGGAAAGCCUGGGUAUCCCUGCCUCAAUCUGAAGAUGCCCCGAGGAGAAAGAUCAACAAAAAGAAGAAGAAGAAAAAACAGAAAGGCUUCAACACGAAGUUACAUCAUCUACUCAAGAAAUCUUCGCGCGAGAAUGGUCAGAAGGGUGAUUUGCCAUCAUCAGACGCUGCAGCAGGAGAGGGACAAGUCACUAAGGAUACCCAAGAAGUCCUCGACAGUGGACCCUCAACAGGGAACUAUAAUGAUUCUUCAGGUAUUCCAGCCGAUGGACCCUCCACAGAGAACUAUAAUGAUUCUUCAGGUAUUCCAGCCAAUGGACCCUCCACAGAGAACUAUAAUGAUUCUUCAGGUAUUCCAGGCGAUGGACCCUUCACAGGGAACUAUAAUGAUUCUUCCGACAUUCCAGCCGACGACAGCCUGGAAGAGCCCACAGCGUCAUAUGAGCUCCUCGAUGAUCAACCAGAUGGCUCUGGUUCCUGGCAAGACACCAGCAGCAGCAGCAGCCUGGAAGAUUUGACCUCCGGAGAAUCGAUCUCUGUGAAGAGCACGUUGAGGACUAUGGAUGACCAAUACAUUUUCUGGAAAGAGAUGAAAGAUGAUCCGACGCUUUACUGGGAGAACCGGGUGCUCAACAUACUCGGCGGAUAUUUCCGUGACAGGACCAAGAUUCGACUUUAUAAUUUGGAAGAUGACCCGGAGGAGAGAGUCAACUUAGCGGCCAUCGACACCAACAGAACGCAGAUAAUGCUGAGCUUCCUGGCGGAGGAACUCCUUCGCUACAAGGUGCCGCUCAUCAGGAGGGACAAAACGAGGGCCCAUCCAACGUACUGGAAGGACGUCUGGUCCCCUGGAUGGUGCCAGUCGGAGUGGUGAUUCCAGAAGAAGAAGAAGAAGAAGAUAAGAGAGACGUCGAGUGAUGCUGCACCUCUGUAGACGCAGAUGAAGCCAGCAAAGUGUAAGGGAUGAUUCCGAGGCAGCAAACAUUGUUUACCAAUUUAAGUCACUAGUGCUGGCUAAGUGUCUGAUAAUGUAUGUUAUUUAAUAUUUACUUAUUCUACAUUCAAGCACGAGAAAGUAGCGUUGGAAGGCUUCAUUUUGAUGUUAAUAAAUUUUAUAUUAAUAAUUUCUUCUCACGACAAUGGAGGAUAUUAGAUUUUACGUGUUUGUGGUUCACUAGUGCUGGCUAAGUGUCUGAUAAUGAAUCUUGUUUAAUAUUUACUUUAAUAUUUACAUUCAAGCACGAGAAAGUCAGAGAGAAAGUAGUGUUGGAAGGCUUCAUUUUGAUGUUAAUAAAUAUAUUAAUAUUUUUUCCCCACGACAAUGGAAGAUAUUAGAUUGUACGUUUGUUUGUGGGUUAGUGAUAGCAUUCACUAAUUUUUGCUAGUCACAAAGUUUAGUUUUGUGUAGAGGUUUGAGUUCUGUAGAAGCCUGUCCUUAUUAGUUUAAGAAUUAGAGAGAUAGUUAAGCACACACACACGCACAC